AUGGCAGACAUUGACUGUGAGGACCUAGCUGUCUGGAGAGGUCCUUUCAGCUGGGACGGACUGCUCUUGCGUCUCCACAUCAGAACCGUCAUACAGGACUACGAUGCCGAAGAUCCCCGCACUUGGCCGUUGAUCAAAGACGUCGUCCAGACCGAAGUCAACUACGACUACAGGCAGACCAAACAUGCCCCACGGUUUCUUGCAUACGAGCAAUCGUUGAUGGAGAACCUGGUCACCCACAGGCCAUUGGUCAACAAAGUCAGCUGCAGACCGAACCUUGCAAGCCACCAGAUCAAGGCCAUGUUUGCUGACUACCCCUUCAACUUCGACAGAUACGGAGAGAUUCGCAAGUAUCUUCACCUACCAGCAGGCGAGCUGGAAGAAUGGAUGAAACUGAUGAGAGGCACAAUUCCAGAUUCCAGAUAUCUUCCAGACAUCUCACCUCAAGCUACUCAAGCUCCAAAAAACGCAGAUGGUAUGCAGAAAGAAAGAUCUGUACCCUCUGAUACGGCUUUCAAACACACCACGGAGACGUCCCUGGACAGGAAAGCCUCUGCUUCCGCCAUGGCGCAGACCGAGUUCAAGGUUGUUCAACAUCAGCCUGAGGGCGCUAUUGAGACCGCCAUGGAUACACUUAUGACAGCCCACACCAGGUCUCUCCAUUCCGCCACUCAGAGGACCCGGGCCCUGCAGCUCCUUGUGAAUGACCAUUAUCAAGAAGCCGAGGGGCGCGCCCAAGUAGCUGAAGCCAAGAUCCAGAUCCUCGGCGAGCAGCUCGAGCGUCAAAGGAAGGAACUGGAGGCGGCGAAGAGAGAGACUGUCGAAACUAACGAGAAAAUCAUCUGGGUCUGGAACAUAGUUCAGAGACUUGACGAUGGGUCUGCUUCGGAGAAGAAGAGUAUCAAGGUUGAGGAAUGA